AUGCUCUCCAAGCAACAGUUUUGGCCGUGGGCCUGCACGUUGCUUUCCUUGAGCACUUUCGGGAACGUGGCCAAAGCAGAUAAUCCGAUCGUGCAGGACAUUUAUACUGCAGACCCGGCUCCAGUCGUCUACAAUGAUCGUAUCUACGUGUUCACGGGCCACGACAACAACGGUGCCACAUUCUACGACAUGACGGACUGGCGUCUCAUCUCAUCCGCUGAUGCCGUGAAUUGGCAGCAUCACGGCUCCCCCAUGAGCCUCACCACUUUCAAGUGGGCCAAUGCGAAUGCAUGGGCAGGCCAAGUGAUCGAGCGCAACGGCAAGUUCUACUACUAUGCUCCCGUCCGACACUCCACAGGCGCCAUGGCAAUCGGCGUGGCUGUGAGCAACAGCAUCACCGGGCCGUACACGGAUGCGUUGGGCAAGCCACUGGUGGAAAAUAACGAAAUCGAUCCCACCGUUUGGAUCGACGACAAUGGACAAGCCUACUUGUAUUGGGGUAAUCCAGGCUUGUACUACGUGAAACUAAACGCGGAUAUGAUUUCCUACAGCGGUGGAGUCAACCAGGUCUCCCUGACCACUGCUGGCUUUGGCACGCGGACAGGGAACGCCCAGCGGCCCACGACCUUUGAGGAAGGCCCUUGGCUCUACAAACGCAACGGUCUUUACUACAUGAUCUACGCCGCCGACUGCUGCUCGGAGGACAUCCGUUACUCAACGGGACCUACAGCCACCGGACCCUGGACGUACAGAGGCGUCAUCAUGCCGAGCCAAGGUCGCAGUUUCACCAACCAUCCUGGCAUCAUCGACUUCAAGGGAAACUCGUACUUUUUCUAUCACAAUGGCGCCCUCCCCGGCGGUGGUGGCUACGCUAGAUCCGUCGCCGUGGAAAGCUUCACCUAUCGUAGUGAUGGCACAAUUCCUCAAAUCGACAUGACCACCAACGGGCCAGCCCAAAUCGGAACUCUCAACCCCUAUGUCCGACAAGAAGCCGAGACUAUCGCCUGGUCCUCGGGUAUCCAAAUUGAGACCUGCAGCGAGGGCGGAUACAGCGUCGGCUACAUCAAGAGUGGCUCCUACAUCAAGGUCAAGGGUGUCAACUUCGGCAAUGGUGCCAAGACCUUCACAGCACGUGUGGCCUCGGCCGGUAAUGGUGGUGACAUCCAGGUACGCUUAGAUAGUCAGAGUGGUUCCAUUGUUGCUACUUGUACCGUGCGCAAUACUGGUGGUUGGCAAUCGUGGGCCAGCGUGAGUUGUCCCGUGAGUAACGCCAACGGGGUCCAUGAUGUCUACUUUGUCUAUUCCAGCAGCGACAAGAACUCGUAUCUGUUCAACGUCAACUGGUGGCAAUUUGCCUAG